UCAGGGUACAAAAGGUUAGAGCAGGGACAUUAAAUGAGAUGGUCCAUGCAAGGUACCAGGACCCUGGCUGGCACAUCGUGAGCACUCAGCAAGUGGUGGCUGCACUGCUGUCUGCUGAGAAAGUCAUCCCAGGUAGAGGAACUGGAAAGGAAGUGCAGAACAAGGCUCACCCUAAGCUUCUCUCCUGUAGGCUCUCCUUCAGAUCCCACACCCUAGGGAGCCACAGGCUGGUUUUUCUGGUUUGCUCCCCCAGGGCAAUUUGCAUCUUUCUCUGACGAACCUUUGAGAAGCUAGACAGCCUGUCUUGAGACUUAAGAGAGAGGGGAGGCCCACAGUUGUUUCCCAAAAUCUGGGGCUGGGAAUGGCCACGUGGGAAAGGCCGAGCCAGAGGCUGCCUCAGCAGCAGCCUCAGGCAGCUGAGCCAGCCACAGAGGGGAACCCAAGUCUGCCCACUGGCCGGGAGCUGGCCGAGGCCAACCGCUUUGCUUAUGCCGCGCUCUGUGGCAUCUCCCUGUCCCAGCUGUUUCCAGAACCCGAGCACAGCUCCUUCUGCACAGAGUUUGUGAUGGGCCUGGUGAAGUGGCUGGAGUUGUCUGAAACUGUCUUGCCAACCAUGACUGCUUUUGCCAGCGGCCUGGGAGGCGAAGGAGCAGACGUGUUUGUUCAGAUUCUGUUGAAGGACCCCAUCUUAAAGAAUGACCCAUUGGUCAUCACUCAGGACCUUCUGACCUUCUCACUCAAGGAUGGGCGCUAUGAUGCCCGGGCCAGAGUCCUCAUUUGCCACGUGACCUCCCUGCUCCAGGUGUCCUUGGAGCAGCUAGAUAUCCUUGAAGAGACGUUCCUCGAGAGCCUGAAGGAAACCAAAGAGGAGGAAUCUGAAACGGCUGAGGCAUCCCAGAAGAAGAAAGAAAACCUGAGGAAAUGGAAGCGCUAUCUCCUGAUAGGCCUGGCGACUGUCGGAGGCGGGACAGUGAUUGGUGUGACCGGGGGUUUAGCUGCCCCACUUGUCGCCAUGGGAGCCGCAACGAUCAUUGGCAGUGCUGGGGCAGCAGCUCUGGGCUCAGUGGCCGGCAUAGCCGUCAUGACCUCACUGUUCGGUGCAGCUGGAGCUGGCUUGACAGGAUACAAGAUGAAGAAGCGUGUUGGGGCCAUUGAAGAGUUUACGUUCCUGCCUCUGACGGAAGGCAGGCAGCUGCACAUCACCAUCACCAUCACAGGGUGGCUCGCAUCUGGAAAAUACCGCACCUUCAUCGCCCCAUGGGCUGCCCUGGCCCGCAGCCGUGAGCAGUACUGUCUGGCGUGGGAGGCCAAAUACCUGAUGGAGCUCGGCAACGCCCUGGAGACCAUCCUCAGUGGUCUGGCCACCAUGGUGGCCCAAGAGGCCCUGAAGUACACAGUGUUGUCUGGCAUUGUGGCUGCCCUGACUUUGCCAGCUUCACUCCUCGCUGUCGCCAACGUCAUUGACAACCCCUGGGGUGUGUGCCUCCACCGAUCAGCAGAGGUUGGCAAGCAUCUGGCCCACAUCCUGCUCUCCCGGCAGCAGGGCCGGCGACCUGUCACCUUGAUUGGCUUCAGCCUGGGAGCCAGAGUCAUCUACUUCUGUCUGCAGGAGAUGGCUCAGGAGAAAGACUGCCAAGGGAUCAUUGAGGACGUCGUCCUGCUGGGUGCACCAGUGGAAGGCGAAGCCAAGCACUGGGAGGCUUUCCGGAAGGUGGUGUCUGGGAGGAUCAUCAAUGGCUACUGCAGGGGAGACUGGCUGCUAAGGUUCGUGUACCGCACGUCCUCGGUGCAGCUACGUGUGGCCGGCCUGCAGCCUGUGCAGCUGGACGACAGGAGGGUGGAGAACGUGGACCUGUCCUCGGUGGUCAGCGGCCAUUUGGACUAUGCCAAGAAGAUGGACGUCAUCCUGAAGGCUGUGGGCAUCCGCACCAAGCCAGGCUGGGAUGAGAAAGGCCUCUUGCUGGCCCCAGGCAGCCUGCCCCAAGAGGAGCCUCGCCAGGGGGCAUCCCCUUCCUCAUCAUUAGGAGAGACCAGUCACCAGGAUGAGCAAGCCCAGGGUCUCACCCCCGAGGACACCCCUAAAGUUGCCACAUCCACCAACCCCAGCCAAGCCGAGGUGCCAGCGGGGCUGGACCAACCUGAAGGAGCCUCCCCUCCUGCCACCAUCAACCCCAUCGAGAGCCCCCAUGUCUGCAGCCACAUCGUGGGCCCCAACCCACUGGGCUGCCCCGACUGUGCCAGCCAGACCCAGGGGCCCUGCCCAGGACUGGACUGACCCCCGCACGGCAACUGAGCUGUCCUCCCAGAGUUCUCUAUGCAGCCCCCUCGCCCCUCCAUCAGCUCCCCAGAUGAGCUCUGAAGGUACAGAAUUUCCAGAAGUGCCUUUCCU